AUAUGUCUUAGAAUCGGUUCAGACGACAACCUUCAGACUUAAGAGUAUGAGUUGAUAGUCAGGGACUAGUCGACCGCUUGGAAGAGCCGACUAUUCAAUACGUUGCUGCCUCUUGUCUAACACAUGAAUCAAAGACUACCUACCUACCUAGGUGGGUACAAAUAUAAUAUCCAACUUGGAGUACAGGAAGAUCAUCUGAGUCAAUUCUUUCCUUAACUACCUACCUACUCAUACUCAGCGUAGUACUACUCGAAGCCAAUGUCAAUCUCAUGAUAAUUCUCCUUGACUCAUUUCAGCUGCCAUUUGAACAGCCAUGAAUAGCCUAGUGCCCACUAUUACUUAAGGUUACAUCCCUCUGUGGUGACAACCCCUCAUCUGGUAUUCCUACUUUUUUGGUUCUUAAAUGUCACUUCCUCGUUCCCACCAUCCAUUUUAUCAAUAUCCAGCCUGUUUGCAAACACCACCACCGAUAAAACUAAUAGCUCAACACCACCACCAUGUCGAUGAAAGGCAAGGUAAUCGCCAUCACGGGAGGUGCAUCGGGAAUUGGUCUUGCUACAGCCAAGCUCCUCAGUUCACGUGGCGCCAUCAUAUGCAUCGGUGAUAUAUCCAAUGCAUCUCUUGAAACUGCCCUGGAGGGUAGUUUCCCCUCACAAGUUAAGGGCUCGAUAGUCGAUGUUUCAAAUCGUAAAUCGGUUGAAGGCUGGAUUGAUGAGAUUGUGAACGAGUUUGGGAAACUUGAUGGUGCUGCCAAUUGUGCGGGCGUUAUUGGUAAACACCAUGGUGUGAGGAAGAUCCAAGAUCCAGAAGAUGAGGAAUGGGACAAGAUCAUUGCGGUUAAUUUAACCGGUAUGAUGUACUCUCUAAGGGCCGAGCUAUCAAAAAUUGAAAAUGGAGGAAGUAUUGUCAAUGUAUCUUCCAUUGCUGGCACGCACGGAUUUGCGAAAAUAGGACCCUAUGUCGCUAGCAAACAUGGAGUUAUUGGGCUUACCCGUACCGCCGCAAUGGAAGUCGGUGAUAGAAAUGUACGAGUGAAUGCUCUAGCUCCUGGUCCAAUUGAUACACCAAUGAUGGGGCACGCUCGAGAGACUCAUGUACAGGAGGGGGAGUAUGAUUCUAUUGUCUUGAAAAGACUCGGCACUGCAGAGGAAAUGGCUUCAAUCAUUGCCUUCUUGUUGGGUGAGGAAAGUUCCUAUGUUACUGGAGCAGUUUAUCACGGAGCUGGUGGGAUGAGUGCUUGAGUUGUAGAUCGCGUCGCCUAUCGCCCAUGGCAGAAGAAGUAUAAUGAAUUACUAUCAGAGUCGAAGUUUUCGAUAUCUCUUUGGGUACAAGAGGUCAUAAAUUUUACUCAGAAAUGCUAUAGCUGGGAAAAUCCCCACUGAAUUUUCUUG